GCGAGGUGGGUGUGAGGAGCUCAGUGUUGUGACGACCGUGGUGGUGACUGGACGUACUUACCCUUUAAGCUUAAUGCUGGAGAAAUUCCCACUCUCCAGUUACCUCUAACCCUCUGAUACACCAUCAACAACAGCAAAACAAGAUAAAGAAAUGUGGAUUUAACAAGAUAUACGAUUCUUAAUCUGGAAACUGUAAAUCCUCAGACUCUUAGUCAAGACUCAGGGGAGUGCUUGGCUCGGACAAUAACGCUGGGGUGUACGUGAGUGGGUGUGUCGGUGUGCCCCUCAUUGUCUUGGGAACCUCUCUUAGGCCGCACGAUGGAGAAACCCACCCAACCCUCUACCAAGGGUGAAAGGAUGGAUGGCAUAACCGACUUCUCUGCUAAUGGGGAUGUUGGCAGCGCGGGAGUGCUGGGCCACGCUAAGAAACUCUGUGUCAACAAACUAGGACACACCAUGGUUCCUCGACCAGAAGGAGGCACCGUCAAGUUCCGUGAACUAUUCUGGAAGAACCGCCUGCAGACAAUCACCUACUGCGCCGUCUUUUGGUCCUUCGGCAUGUGUGUUGCUUUCCUGGGUCCUACAAUAAUGGAUUUGUCGUGCAGGAUCUCGUCAGUCUUCAGUUCCAUGUCUUGGGGCUUCUUCUACCAGAGCCUCUUCACACUCAUUGGCUCAGCCUGUGGGGGGUUUCUCAUCCAGAGACUCGGCAACCACGUGGUGCUGCUGCUAUCCACUGCGAUGUUGUCCCUGACGCUGGCCAUCAUCCCCUUCUGUACGGUGCUGGGCUGGCUCGCCGCCGUCCUGGCUCUGAUGGGCUUUUUCAUGGGCACCAUUGACACCGUGGCCAACAUCUCCAUGAUACAGCUCUACGGCAUGAACGUCGCGCCCUUCCUUCAGGCACUCCACUUCUUCUACGGACUGGGGGCCUUUCUAUCGCCCAUGAUCACCGAGCCCUUCCUGCUUAACAAGAACUGCACGGAUCAGGACACAAACAACACCCACCAGUUGAGACUCGACCUGAACGAGACGCUAGAAAUCUCGCAUCAUCUUUCAGAGGCGAAGAACAAUUCGGAGAUACAAUACGCCUUCUGGAUACUCUCAGGCCUGCAGGUGCCGGUGGUGUUGCUGUUGAUGGCGCUGGUGUGUCGGGAGGUGAUGGGGCUGGACGCAGGAGAUAAGAGUCAGCUGUCUGGUGGCGUCGUGGAGGCUGGCAACGAGACGUAUGAAAUGAAGACGUCGGCCGGGGCAGCGAGCAAGGCCAGCAUUGGGGAGACUGAGGACCGCCCAGCUGUUACUAAGGAGCAGGUCAUCACUGUCACUUUCCUCACCGCUAUUAUGCUAUUCCUCUAUGAUGGUCUACAGGCAGGCUAUGGGGGUUACGUUUUCUCCUUCGCCGUAAAGAGCAUCGCCGGGAUGUCUUCGAACGAAGCAGCCUACCUCAACGCCUGCUUCUGGGGGACCUUCGCCUUCGGGAGACUCGUAUCUAUCGGUAUAGCGACCAGGCUGGCUCCCUCCUUCAUGCUCAUCUGCAAUAUCAGCGGUUGCCUAGUGGCGAUGGUGCUGAUGUUGUCAUUUCGUCAUAGCCAUGCCGUUCUGUAUCUGGGCACCUGUAUCUUUGGCACAUUCCUCUCUUCCGUCUACCCUACGGCUGUCACCCUCGCCGAAACUUACAUCCACGUUACCUCCUUCAUAACAAGUGCGCUGGUGGUAACGGCAGCCUCGGGGGAGAUGAUCAUCCCAGUCAUCAUAGGUCACGGAUUCACGGCUGUAGGUCCUGCUACAUUGUUGGUGGCUGGCGUAGUGAUGACACUGAUCAGCUUCGUGGUGUAUUUACUACUCUACCUAGUGGCCCAGAGCAUCACCCGCCAGUCCUCUGAACAGAGUUUGGUCCAGCGUCUUAAAUGUCUGCUGUGUUGGAGGAAGGAGGAGGCAGCUGAGGACACAGGCCUCAUGAAGCAUCAUGUCAAGUACUACACGAGGAUGAGAAGCAAUCUGUCUGAAUCUUCUAUUGGUGAGGACUCUAGCUUGACUGAUGGACCUGAUAGUGUGGGUCAUUCCAAUCAAGGAGACACCUCCCAAACCCAACUCUAAGAUAUCGUUUGGGACGUUAAGUCAAUCUCUCCGGGGUGACGAUUCCUAAACCCAGUUCCAUGUUACUGUAUGAGACACCCUGGACCAGUUUACCCAAGACGACAACUCUCCACUCAUUAAAAGGUCGUCUGGGUAGCUAUUAUAUUAUGAAAUUUGUAAUAUUUUAUCAUUAUUAUUAUCAUUACAGGAGGAUGAAAUGACCUCAACCAUUAAAACAUUAUACUGGAACACAAGAUAAUAUUGUUUUAGAAGUUUGCCAUUGUUGUAACAGGUCGUACCGGUUGGAUGGGAAACUUUUCAAAUGAACGUAAUGUAGAUCUUGCAUGUGUAGUAACAGCUUUUGUGCCAUAACUCUUACUGUACCAGAAACAAGAUGAAACUGAGGAAGUGGGAAACAAAAAGAGAAGUCUGUAUUUUUCCUGUAUGUUCCUGUCUUAAUAAUUGAUAAAGUGUGGAGCUCUGUGUCGAACAAUUUGAUCUGAGGCUGAACAUAUAUAACACACACAAAUACAGCUGCAUAAUCAAUACAUCACUGACAGACGAGGGGGAAUUAACUGAAAUAACGACUGAACAUAUACCAGAUUCAUUAUAUAUUUCUUUUGUAAUAUAAUGACAGGAAAAAUUAUUGUAUAACUGAAUCCCCAUUACAGUAUCAGAUGUCUCGUCCUUCACUCUUAUAGUAGCCUACCAAGUUAUUACUAUACUGUACCUUAAGUAUACCCAUUCUUACUGAAUUACCAAGAUUAGAUUGGGCAGUGGACAUAAUGUGGUUGGGAGAAGUUGGAAGACAAUUGAAACUUCUUCGUUUCCACCAUCCACACACAGAUAGACAGACAUACAGACAGACACACACACACACACACACACACACACACACACACACAUGGGAGAGCGAUGGUGAG